AUGAGUCUAGUUACUGAAGGAAUUCGGCCUCCCAGCCAAGCCGCCGGAACAGCGACGGCCGAACCAGAAGGCAUCCCGCUGGCGCAGCUUCAGCAAAUCAGCAUCAACACGAACAGAAAACAACACCACCUUUGCUUGGGAAUCAACCUGCGUUUUGACCUUCAGCGUCUUCGUCCCUGCAUGAGGUUUGACCUUUUCCCCACAUAUCUCAGCCCGGCGUUGAUCCUCAAGCACCGUGCUCAUUCACGUUCCAUCGUCUUCAUCCAAAGGAUGCCUCAGUUGGAGUUCAGCGUUGCAUGCAACAACCUGGUGGCCUCAAGCCAGGAUAGGAUGCCUAAUUCGGUGGUCCACGUGGCGGUGGUGGACCCCCAUAAGGAUCACCCGGUCUCCCUCGCCUGCACGGAGAUAGUUGAGGCAAGCAAAGACCCGUGCUUUCUGACCGGGGUGACCUUCCCCCCGGACCGUCCCGCCACUCCAGAGAUGGUCGUCAAGCUGACGGUGUAUGAUGUGAAGGACAAGCGGCAGGAAGCUGGCAGUUUCCUGGGUAGUGUCACGUUCUCUGUGGGCGAUCUGCUUCGAGCCAAAGAUGAACGACUGUCCUUGAGUCUCAGGUCAUCUGAUGGUGGGUGCGCAACCGGAACAGUGGUGGUGAGCCGACUGAAGAUGGGGGAGAUGGAGGAAGCGGAGCAUAUCACCGCCGAUGUACCGUCCCAGAAGUGUCCCUUAGUGUGCGAGUCUGGGUCCCACAGUUGCGUGGACAGAGACCUCCUUCUGACUGGACCAGUGUUCACCAACCCGGUAUGCAAAGUGUACAGGUUCCAAACAGUGGACAGCAAGUGGAUGCUGGUGCGCGAGCAAAUGGAGGAGUGCACGUUGUCCUUCAGCAUACCUAAGCAGCUGCUCUCGCUCUACGUGCAAGAGGACAUGAGCAGGGUGCAGGAUCUGAAGGAGCUAGGCGAACUUUCUCCACACUGGGACAACCUACGGAAGGAGGUGAUAGCGCGAUACGGCGGCAUCAUCGCAUCAUACCAGGAGACGCUGGCGGAAAUGGAAAAAAUUAGCGGUCCGUCUUUCAAGCCGAGUUGCUGCAAAGCUCAGAAAUCCCUGGAGUUCCUCCCAAUCAACCUACACACUCAGAGGAUGAGAGUGACGUGCCCCAGAAAGACAGACGCUUCAUACGACAUUGUGACAGCGGGCGCCCCCGCCGCACACUUCCAGGGCUUCAAAGGCGGCGGUCUGCAGCGGCUCCUCAGCAGAUAUGAAGCUGAAAAGAAAAGCUUCAGCACGGCGUAUCAGUGUAUCUACUACUCGCCCGAGCAUACGGCCAGAGCUCAGGAGGUUCUGAGUAGCGUGGGCCUCCUCCAGCCUCUCAUCGGUAGCCUCGCCGACCAACUGCUGCACGCCGCACAUGAGCGUUCCUCUCCUGGCCUGCGGGAGGCGCUCAAGAACCUCACGGACAAGACGGAGCAAUUUGUCCACACCCUCAAGGACGAGUUGGUGAAGUGCGCCCUGUUGGCGCUGCACGCCGCCCAGCCCGGCUACGUUUCCGAAAACCAGAAGGGCGGCGACCCCGGUUCUGUUCGGACGGCGUCGCCGUCACCUGACGAUAACAACGAGGUCACGUCGUGCAACAACGUGGACGGGAAGCGAGGACAAGAUGCUAUACCGCACCACAAAGAGUACGACGAGGAGGAAUGGGACAGAAUUUGGGCCAGCGUGGCCAAGCGCCUCAACUGUGUGGUGGCCAUGGUGGACCAGCUGGCCGAGCAGGACCGCAAGCAGGAGCGGGCCGGCACUGAUGAACAGAACCAAUUAGCCGACGUCAUCACCUCACACAAUCCUGGCGACUGGCGGGAGCAGCUGCGCCCCCUGGUGGCCAGGUUGAAGGAGUGCGUGACGCAGGUGGUGGAGAAGGCAAAGAGGGCCGUCACCUUUGUGCUCCUGCAGGAGGCCGCCUGCAGCAUCCCUAUGGGCGUCGUUCUCCAGCAGAGGAGGGACGUCGUCUUCAGUCAGGCUCUGGCAGUGUUGUCGUGCGGUUUCGUCAUGCGCCUUUACGCUGGAAUGCAGGACAAAGGUUUUCUGAGACAGCUCCACCUGGUCGGCCUGGUGGCCCAGUUUGAAAGCCUGCUCAGCACCUACAGCGAGGAGAUCGGCAUGCUGGAGGACAUGGAAGUGGGCGUGGCCGACCUCCAGAGGGUGGUGUUCAAGGUCACCCGCGCCCGGACCGACCACCUCAGUGACCUUCAGCCCGUGGUGCGAGGCAGACGGGACCACUUCACGGUGGAGGUUCCGCUGCCAGGCCCCGCCUUCCAGAACAUGCCGGAGGAAAUCAAGGAAGGCCGACCCCUACGCGUGUUCCCGGUGCUUUUUAACGUCGGCAUCAACGAGCAGCAAACCAUCGCCGAGAGGUUUGGAGACAUUUCCCUCCAGGAGAGAAUCAACCAGAAGAACUUUGAGACGCUGGAGUGUUAUUACAAAACGCUGAGCGAAAAGGUGCCACGUGAAUGUCUACCGUGUUUCCAAAGUCAGACUGACGUCAAAGAACUACUUGAAACCCUGGGCCAGAAUGUAGUCGCUAAGCGGAGGAAGAAUGUGGAGAUUCUGUGGAGCGCCGCGGCGAUUUGCCGACGCGUGAACGGCAUCAGGUUCACCAGCUGCAAAAGUGCCAAAGACCGGACGUCCAUGUCCGUCACGCUGGAGCAGUGCGCCCUCUUACGUGACGAACACCAGCUCAGCAAGGACUUCUUCAUUCGCGCGCUGGACUGUAUGCGGAGUCGGCUGUCCCACGGCGAGGUGGGGUGCGGGGAGGACCCCGAGGCAGGCGCGGCGGCGGCCGAGAGCAAACCGACGUCGCGUCACUUUUACCCCAUCGCCCUGCUCCUCGUCAGUUCCCACCUGCUGGUCGUCUGGCUCAUUUUAAGUCUGGUUUUUCUGCUGGCAAAGUAUCAAUAA